AGUGAGACUGUGAGAGUAAUGUCAUGUCGCUAAUAAAUUUACCUUUUUUAGGUACUGAAAUGGAAUGUAAUCAAAUGGUUGAUAAUUUUGCUGUCCUUAUACCAUGCUCAAAUCAACUGUCAAGCCGAAUGUCCUUGUCAGCAGGUAUUGGGGAAUUUAAAUUCUAUUUAGCCGUCCGAAUGUAACCUAUUUCCAUUUAUGAAAUCGGAGCAGAAAAGCAACCACCAGAAAUAUCAGCUGUGCUUCAAUCUCGUGUAACUUGUGAAGCAACAAUAAAAUAAAUAAAUAGCUUUCUGUUUAAGAUACGAGCUGUUUCUUGUUUGCUGUUGCUUUCUGUUUAAGAUAUCUUUGACUCAGCCAAAGAUUAGUUUGAUUUUAUUAGAAUAUGUGUCUGAAAUUUUAAAAGCUUUUCUACUUGAUUUUUGAAUUAGCGGCGCCUUUGAAUUGAGUUUUCUUAUUCAUGAAGUCUUAAAAAAGAAAAGAAAAGCGUUGACAGAAUAUAAUUUC